UACAUAAUUUGCCCAAAUAAUUUAUUUGGGCAAAUUAUUCUUCUUUCUUUUGUUUACUGUUUUUCUGUGAAAUUUAUUUUCUUUGUAAUGGCUUCUACUCCGAGAUUAACUGAAGGUGCUCUUGGAACAAUCCUUUCUGGGGGUUUUGUUGAACGUCCAAUCGUCCAAAUUUUGGCUCAAAAAAAUGUCUCCGCUGAUAGUGUUCAAAGGUAUCGUUUCUUACUCUCUGAUGGUAAAUUUUCUUACCAAUGGUUGUGCUAUGGCUCAAAGAAAAGAACGACAAAAAUAAGGCAAACUUUUUGUCAAAUUCUAGUGAACACAUCUUAUGUUUGUAAUCCAGCCGCUGGAGGAAGCAACAAAAAGAUUCUGCUCAUCUCUAAGCCUGAAGUAAUUACUCCUGGGGCUAAUAUCGGACGGAAGAUUGGUAAUCCACCACCUUUUGAAGGUUCUUCUAUAGCCAAUGAUUCCCUUUCAUCCACAUUUGCAAAUGGUGUCUCAAGUACCUCAGGGGGGUCAACAAAUGGUGGUUACAAUGGAUUUAGAUCUGGAGCUAAAGCUUUCAGUAGUGUUCCCAAUCAAGCUGAUAUAAGCAUGAGUGAUACCUCUAUUAGAGAAGAGGCUAUUUUCCCAAUUAAUCAGAUCACUCCUUACCAGAAUAAAUGGGCUAUUCGAGGUCGUGUUACCAAUAAAGGAACUCUCAAAAGUUGGAAUAACGCAAAGGGUGAAAAUACUUUGUUCUCAUUUAAUUUACAAGAUGGAUCAGGGGAGAUUCGAAUUACAGCCUUUCGUACCGAGUGUGAUAAAUACAUGAAUGGACUGUACUUUGAUAUGAUUCAAGUCGGAAAAAUCUACACUUUAGCCAAGGCUUCUGUUAAACCUGCCAACAAAAAAUGGUCUGAUGUUGACCAUGAGUAUGAGUUGACUCUUCAAUCAGACUCAAUUAUUAUCCCUUCAGAUGAUGGUACCAGUUGUCCUCAAAUUAAUUUUCAUUUCUCCUUACUCUUUGAUUUAUGAGGAGACACUUUCGAUAUCUCUUCUACAUAUCAGUCGAGUUGUCUUCCCCGGAGCCCUCUGUUUCUUGGUCCUUUGGGUGAUGAGGGUCAUCAUUAGGUGGGGAAGCCAUUUUUUUCGAAGAGAAAGAGAAAAGCAAUUGAUUGAUCAGAUUUGUGAUACUUUUGACUUUUCUCGUAAUUAGUAUUGGAUUGCAUCUACAAUCGUUAAUUAAUAAUCUCUGAAUUACAAUCAUAUUCAACUGAAUCGAUUUAGUUUGUUCUGAAUUUCUUUUCUUCUUUGAUUCUUUUUUCAGUUUGCAACUUGAAUAAUUUGAAUACAGUAAACAACCAGACAAU